CUGUUUAACAGGUUUACGGAUUAUUUUGAGGUCGUUGUCCAGUUCGUAGGGGCACAUCGAUUUCGAUAUUCUCUUCUCGUUAUAACUUAAUAUCGCCCACUUAAUAUUAUAAUUCGCCGGUUCGGGCAUCCGUAGAUAUAUUUAGUAAAAUCUGUAAAAUAAAUAAAAAUCUACGGUCGAGUGCCAUCGGUCCGAUUUGUACCGGCGUCGUUCAACAUCCGUAAAACAACGCCAAGUCGGUCUCGCGUUGUAACUUUUCCCCGAUCAAGUUAUAUCGUGGAGAUUGGAAGCCAUUUUACCCAAACCGAGUUAUAAUUCGGAUGCCCAAAUAGAUGACUUGUUCCGUCGUUGGUUUUAAAUUUAAUUCUGCAGUUAUUUCGAUUUCUGCAAAGACGCCUUCUCCAGGAAUCCCUACUUCAGACGGAAUGUGGAAUGUCAGCUUAGAAUGAAUAUUCAGUGAAUUUUAAACCCUGGAAGUCAUGUUGAGUGAUUCGAAUGACACGGAUUCCAGUAGCCCUUUGUGUAAACGCAAAAAGAUAAGAAGAAUCGUGGGAUUUAGGGUCAAUCACAAAGCCAUUGACUUAACAUUCAUGGCAUAGACGUCUUGAGGGUCAAGUUGAAGUGUAUGAAAUUCCAAUUUUUUGUUACUAAAAUUGAUCGACUUAGCAAUAAAUAACAUUGUGUGCUUUCCAGCUCAUCAUUGGAAUCAAGUGGCAGUGAAAUUGGGAGGCCUACAAGAAAAAAAUGCCAUGUAAUAUUGGAUUCUGAAUCACAGAGUAGUGAUAACUUGUCUGAUUCUGAGGAUGAAGUUUUCCAAACAAAUCAGGGUUCUUCCAAAAAGAAUGGAUUGAAUGGUAGCAGUACUGAAGGUCCUAAUCACAGUAAGAAAAUGGGAAAUUUUUCUGAGGAAGAGACUAACUCAUCAGAUAAUGAUGGAGAUCGAUGCAUAAUUUGCUUUAAAAACUUAAGGCCACCAUUAGCUAAACCAUUAAAUUGCAACCAUAACUUCCAUCCUGAGUGUUUAUCAACAUGGUCUAAGACUUCAAAUACAUGCCCGAUUGACCGUGUUAAAUAUACAGCAAUUCGUGUAACAGGGGUUUCAGGUGAGCUUAUUUCACGGACAGAUGUUAAAACACCGCCUCCACAAAAUCACAAUGCCGAUUUUGAACCGGACGAUGCUACAUUUUGUGAAGUGUGCCACCAGCAUGACCGAGAACACGAGAUGCUCCUUUGUGAUCGGUGUAAUGCAGGAUACCAUAUGGACUGUCUAUCGCCACCUUUAACGCAAGUGCCAACUGGGGAUUGGUUUUGCCAGUACUGUGCCGACCUUUUCAACGAUUUUGAAAUAGAGGAUGAUGAGGUCCAUGAUAUACUGUCUAACACGAUUCUUCUCGAGAACCGCUUUCGCAGAAGACCCGAAAGGAUGCCACGACUCCCUCGGGGACCUAGGACAAGGGGUGCCCAAAGAGUUUAUAACAUUAUCAACCAAACUUCAACAUUAAAUCAGCCUUCAACAUCCUCCGGUCGCCCGGCUGCACAAAGAAAGAGGAAGUCCAGAAAACGAACAAAAACAAAAUAUAAAGUUGAGUUAAUUACUGUGGAAGAUGGUAGUACGUUGGAAGUUAAAGUUGCAGUUAAUAAUCGGAAAAGUAAAAGGGCAAAAAAGAAUCAAAGUCGCAAAAAAAAAUGUCGCAAUAAAACAUCAAAACGAGCUAGUAAGAAGCCUGUCGAACCAGUAGGAAGUUCGUUUAAUUUGCCUGUUACGCAUAACUCUUUAGAUCUGUUUGGUACCAGGCCACAGCUGGAAUAUUUUUCAGAUUGUGAUGCUGAGGAUGAACUUGAGGAAGAGUCAGGUGGAGGUUUGGGACUUCUUCGAAGAGCUCGUCUGGCUGUAAGAAGCAUGGCUGGUCGGAAACAGUUAGCGGCUCAAAUAUUCAAUACAAGACCUAGGAGAGUUAUUCAGAAAAUAACAGUAAAUACAACUCCAGUUGAUAUCGUUUCUUCAAUUCUCGACCAACAAAAUGUUUGGCACAACCCAGAUGCCGUGAUUCAUAGAAAUAGCAAUGGUGAUGUCAAGGUGAUUAUAAAAGAUCAAAAAUCAAUUCCUGUUAAAAAAUCAGCAGGAGGCCAUUCUGGUGAAUCGAGUGCCAUGAACCAAAAUCAGACACAGCCAGAAUCAACGGUAAAUGAAAAUAAUCACUCACAAUCGAAUGAAUCGAAUGUCCUUCCACCUCUUCAACCACCGCCACAACCACCAGUGAAACUUUGUGAAGAUGAUGACUUUGAUUUAUAUGCUGAUAUCGAUACAACAAGUUGUAAACUGCUGCCUCCUCCUGAACCCCCAGCAAUGUUGUUGGCUUUAGAAGAUGAUCAAGGAGGAAGCUCUCCUGAGGAAGCUAUGCUUGUCAUCGAUGAUGAAAGACAGUGUUAUGACCCAGAUGUGCCUACAUCACCUCCAGCAUCUCCAGUAGCACCAGAAAAUCAAGAGCCUACUAACAAGCAGAAUGAAGAGGACUUUAAAGCAUUGUCAAAUAACGUUGAUUUAGAACAAAUACGCCUUCCUUCACCUCCUUGCCCUCCUGAUGCAAUAAACCUCCCACCGUCCCCUGAUGUAGAUGCAAUUAACGAUUCCGACUGUCCAAAUCGGAGUUUCUAUUCAAAAGUGAGCACAGAAAUCGCUAAGGAAUCCAAUUCAGAUUUAGAUUCAUCUGACAAAGAAGAUGGUGAAGAUGCUAAAAAAGAUAUGGUGUUAGGAAAUGAUAACACUAUUAAUAAGAUCGAUGAAGAUGGUCUACUUAGCCAAAAGGAAGAUGAAGAACCGGUUAACUACGAAAAAAAUAAAACAGAAAGUAACACGUCGAAAGAUGAGGACAAUGAAAAAAUAGAUAUGGAUGAUAACACUGAGUGCAAUAACAAAGCUCGAUCUAAAGUAGGUGAUAAUCAUAAAACUGAUAUUCUUUCUGGAGAAGAAACAGUCGAUGUAGCUCCAAAUGAAGAACAAAGUGAUAAAUGUGGAAACACAAAAGAUGACAUUACUAUUUCACAAGAAAGUCUGACGACUGAAGAUAAACCUGAUAAAAUAAAUAAUGUAAGUAAAUCUAGUAGUAGUAAUAUAGAAAAGGAAACUGACGAUAUAUUGGAACUUGGUUGUGAGGAGGAUGAAAGGGAUGGACUUGUAGACAUUACUGAUGAGGAGAUCAGUACCUACGAGAGAAGUUGGGAACUUGAAGAUCACAAUAGGCCUGCUUCUGAUAAAACUGUCGGCUUGGAAGGAUUAGAAACAGAAGCGAUAUCUGAUUGUGAGUAUACUCUUGCAGAAGAGCGCCCAGAGGAAAACAAGCCUCAAAAUGAAAAUGGACCAAAGGAAGAAGGCGAGAUUGUUUUAGAAGAAAGAGUCGCAUCGGUUGCAUGGAAAAAGUUGUCCAAAGGGACUAAAGAAAGAAGCUAUAGAGAAAAAGACACAACUAAAGAAAAAUCAACUAAAAAAGAAAAGAAGAAAACUAAAGAAAAGCGUAAAGAGCUUGAAAGAUACGAUGUGAGAAAGAUUAUCAGUGAAAAACCAAAAAAACGAAAAGUAGAUGAGUUUGGUAGGGAUAUUUCAUCAAGGAGCCGGAGUCGUAGCAAUAGUAGAAGCAGGAGGAGUGUUUCUCUUGUGAAAAGACGAAAAAGUGUAGAAAAAAGGAGCCGAGGUCAUAGCAGGAACCGCAGCCAACCUAGGAGUAGAAAAAGAAGUAGAGGUAAGAGCAGCAGAAGUAGAAGUGUAAGUAAAAGAAGGAGCAGGUCACCUAGAAGAAACAAAACCAGAGCCAAAAGUAAAGAGAGGAAAAAGCGUAGACAGUCGUCUGUUAGUUGUUCUAGCUGUUCCUGUAGCAGUUGUGAAAAAGAUAAAAGGGUCGUCAGUAAGAAAGUUUCCACUUCUGAGAAAAGUAAAAACAGCACAAAAGAAAAAAGCAAAAGACGAACAAAAUACAAAUCAAGAAAUCGUUCACCGAAACGAAGACGUUACAGUUCUCCAGUGCCCUCAAAAGAAGUUUUCACUUCAGGAGAUAACAUUUUAGUGAGUGUCAAUUUCAAGUCAUCAAAAAUGAGCGAUAGUCGAAAAGAGUCAAGCACCAGACGAAGAAAGGAAGAAGAACAACCGAAAAAGAAAAAAGACAAGAGUUCUAAAGAAAAUCAGCCUUUGAGAGGUAUUGUAACUAAGACGAGUUCCUUUGGUAAAAGAAGAUUAAACACAAAACAUCUCAAACCUGUGGCAAUUAUUGAUUUGGAUCAAUCACCGUUUAGGGAGCAAACACCUUCACCAAAAGAAGUUAUAAUAUUGACUGACAGUGAUAAUGAGGAGAAACUGAAGGAGACUGAUAAAGCAAGAGAAACUAUAGUGACUGGGCCUAAAACUCCUCCUGAACCUCACAUCAAAUUUAACAUUGUAAAUGCCAAACCUCAAAUGCGAAUUUUGUCAAAUCCUCUGCUUGAUUCUACUGACCAGAAUGAUGAUGAUGAUGAAGUUGAUGAUAGGUCAAGUGAAAUAGUCCACAAAGGCCCUAAUACACCACCAGAACCUCCAAUUCCUUAUGAUCCGUUUGAACCAACCAAAUCUCGUUCACCAACACCUAUUCAAAACACUGCAGAUAGAAAUGUGUCACCCACAGUUGAUCUUGUUUCAAAUGCAAGAAUCACACCAGAACCGACACGAGUGAUUUCACCACCAAAACCUCAACACGAGGCUCCAAAAACUCCUUCUCCUCUUCGUACUCCUCCGAGUAAGCCACAAGAGGAAAUAAACUCAAUUGAAAAACCCAAACAACCACCAUUUGUUCCAUCUGUAAUGAAAGAUGAUGAUUCUGAUGAUGAUAUGGGAGGGGGCGGUGGUGGAGGUGGGGAUUCACCCUAUUCACCUGGCUCAUCUGAAGGUGAUGACUUAUUUGAGCCUCCACUCCCACAAAUAUCAACUCCAAGUAAAAUCAAAACAAGGCCAAUUCAACCAAAACACACUGUAAGUGGCAAAAUACUUGCAUUGCCCAGGAAGAAAGCUAAGCUGCCCCUUAAUAAUUCUAAAGGUAUACUUUUUAAACAUUCCGAAAGUAUAUUCCUUCCUGUAAAUAAUUUUUCAAAUUAUAAUUUGGAAAAAAUCCCAGGGUCUUCUAGCAAGAAAGAUUGUCUGAAGUUAGAUGAAGAUCAAUUAAAAAUGUUAGAUGAACUGCCUAACUCAGCUGUGGACAUGCAAGUCAAAGACAAGGCACCCAAAGUCAAUGUUUUACAAGGCACACAACAAGAUUCUCUUGGGGAGUUUUUGAAGAAGUUGAAUAGACAAGAACGAGUGGUGGAAGAAGUCAAGUUGGUCCUAAAACCACAUUAUGCCAAGAGGCAUGUUAACAAAGAAGAGUACAAAGACAUCUUGAGAAAGUCUGUACCUAAGAUAUGUCAUAGUCGAUCGGGCGAGAUCAACCCAUUGAAAAUUCAACGUUUGAUCGAGGCUUACGUUAAGAAGUACAGGCACAAGAAGAAGAGAAAGCCACCGGCUUUGAUCCAGCCUCUGCAGAACCUCAAACCAAAACCGUACGCUAAUGUUCUUUGUUUGUAGGAAUAGAAACAGUUUAGAGGGAUUUGGGUUCAAUUAAAAACAAUUUAUUUCAAAUAGUGACUAGAGGUACAAUUAUUAAAAGCAUAAGUUUUAAUUAGAACAAAAAAAGUUUAGCAUUUUUUAUGUGUUGUUAAUUUUUUUAUUAAUUAAGGAAUUUUGAUUAAUAAAAAUUCUUAUAUAUUUAUAUAUGACAGAUUGCGGACUGUAUGUGUGAGAAUAUUACUGAUUUUUAUUUAUGUGUAUGUGCAUAAAAAUAAAUAAAUUUAAAUUGUAAUACUAUAGGCAUGAAUUUGCAGUCUCGUUUGAUUGGAAUUCCAGCUCCUACAUUAUUAACUUUUUAAUUUAUAGACUGACAGUUAAUAUUAUUUUUACUUAUAUAAUUAAAGAUAUAUAACUAUUGUGCAAUGCUGUUCGUAUUAUAAUUAUUAACUAUUAUAAACAGUUUUUUAGAAAGAACAAGGUUGAUGGAUUCUAAGCAGUGAUAAGACAUGCUAAUCAUUUAUAUAUGGUCAUAAAUAUUCAUUACUCUUACAAAAAAUUAGGUGAUCAAACAAUCAAGGCUAUUACACUUUUAAAUCUUUUGGCUAGAUUUUUUUUUAUUUUUAUACAUGGCCACAGCAGGGAUAUCCUUUUAAGAUGAUUCUUUCAAAUAGUGACAACAUUGACAUUUUUCAAGGCUAUUAAAAAAUGUUCUUUGAAAAUAUAUAUAUAUAAUUAAUACUAUAGAAUA